AUGAGAGAGAAUUGUCGAGGAAUGAGGUUUCAGAUUCCCUGGGAAUGCAUCAAUAAUACAACUAUUAUAUUCAAGAAUAGCCUACAAGAGCGGACAUUGCUUCCUGCAGCCUAUACUUUCGAUAGGGUAUUCGGGUGUGACCGUCACACGAAGCAGGUGUACAAGGAAGCGGCAAAAAAGGUUGCACUUUCAGUUCUAAGUGGUAUCAAUUCAAGUAUUUUUGCAUACGGUCAGACGAGCAGUGGAAAGAUAUACACCAUGUCUGGUGUUACAGAAUGUGCAGUUGUAGAUAUAUAUGACUAUAUAGACAAUCACUGUGAAAGAGAAUUUGUGUUGAAAUUCUCUGCCAUGGAGAUUUAUAAUGAAUCGGUAAUAGACCUUCUCAGCACAGAUAGUACUCAACUCAGACUUCUUGAUGAUCUAGAGAGGGACUAUGGUAGAGAAAUUUUCAAAGGUGACUUUAAGGGACUUGGACCAUCUAAGGGAGCUCCUCGCCGUUUGUGA